AUGUACUUAGUUAAUCUACCUAAGGAAAAUGGAAUUAUUUUCCGCUUCACUGCUACCAAUCUUACUGUUGGGUUUCGUUAUGAAUUCUCCACUUAUUUGGCAAAUAUUUGUUGUCAAAUGCCCAAGGUGAUCAAACCAAAUAUUCUUUUUAAAGUCGGAUCGGUAUCAUCAUACGGGUUAUCUGCAUUUGUCAAGGAAUUGGCUACAAGGAACAUAUCUGAAUAUAUUGAUACGACUUGGCACAAGUACAGUCUGACAUUCAAAGCAACACAUUCUUCGUUGACUCUGUCAAUGAUUUCUGAAAAAGACCGGGGCGCGGGAAAUGUUAUUGCGAUCGAUGAUAUUGAAUUACGUCUUAUACCGCCUAACCAGUUAGAUGUUUGUUCAUCAGAAUCUGAUGGAUCAUUCCCGAUCAAGAAGGAUGGUCUCGGGAAAUCAGUUUUUUUAAUCACUUUUGGUAAUGGUUCAUGCAAGUGUCUAAAAAAAGAAACAGAGAGUUUCAACUUUUCUACAAAGUUUAUACGUGAUGAUAAGUGUGGUCAAUCAUUUCAUGAUGGCUACUUUUCCUUUCGGAACAGUAUUUCCGGUUUCUCCGGAUGGCAUAAUGGAGAAUCAGACCAUACAGCAGAUGACAAUGGAUACAUGUUUCUGGUCAACUUAGGUGGAAUAUCAGACUUUAUUUUCAGACUAAAUGUUACCAAUAUUAAUAUUGGAUCCCGUUAUGAAUUUUCCACUUAUUUGGCAAAUAUUUUCAAGCCAAGCGGCAUGUCCGUAAAACCCAAUGUUCGCUUUAAAGUUGAGUCAAUAUUACCGAACGGGGUAUCUCUAUUGAUUGCACAAUUAGUUACAGGCGAUAUAUCUGAAUGCGCUAAGAUGACUUGGAUCAAGUAUAGUUUACCAUUUACAGCAACAAGUUCUUUGGUCAUUCUGACAAUAAUUUCCGAAAAAGUCGAUAUAUACGGAAAUGAUAUCGCUAUUGAUGACAUUGAAUUACGCCUGUGCUCAGCUGCUUGCUACGAAAAUUGUUCUUCUAUGAUUUUAUCAACGACCGCUCCUGCGGCGUGUGCUUCGGAUACCAUAACUACAACAAUGUCAAUGAAAGACGAAUUGACAACAAGACUAACAGCAAUAACAACAACGAUCACGACAAUGAAAACAACAGAAACUAUACGUAUGACAACUACUGAGUUGGUCGACCGAACAACAAUUCGAGCUGUCACAACAACACGAAUGUCCAGUAAACUUCCCAUGUUAUAUUUUAUUCCUGAAGCUUGUCACAAUAUGUCAACUAUUAGUCGUAGCUGUAAUAUCUCUAAUAGUCCAUGUGAGAUGAUGAAACCAUGUUUAAACGAUGGUACGUGUACUGAUGAUCGCACAACGACUCUGCACUAUAGAUGCUCGUGUUUACUUGACUUCUCUGGGUCCCAUUGUGAAUUCGAUAAUCGAACUUGUACGAAGCAUAUCUGUUUAAAUAAUGGCCAAUGCGAUGCAAGUUUGAAGAAGCCGUUCUAUUGUAAAUGCAAAGAUGGAUGGUAUGGUCCUCAUUGUCAGUGGAUGGAACAUGGUUGCAAAGAAGGACUCUGCUUAAAUCGUGGCGUUUGUCAACCAAUACCACGCAAUUACACGUGCAGAUGUUUGGAAGGUAGUUAUUAUGGUCGUCACUGCGAAUUUGCUACAAGACGAUUAACAAUCUUGAGAAUAGCAUCGAAAUCACUCGGUUACAUAGCAAUUAUUGCAAUAAUGACUGUGGUAUUGUUCGUCGUUAUCUUGGAUAUCUUAAAAUAUUGUUUUGGUAUUGAUGUAACAGGUCGAGAACUAGCAAGAUAUCGACGAGAAAAACGACGAAAGCGUCGUGUUAUUCAACGGUUUGUUUACGUCAACGCUAUUCCUCAAUCUACCUUAAAAACUACUGCAGAAACAUCGCCUUAA